AUGAUUGGUGCCUCUGUCAACUCUUCAGUUGUCAAUCUCCUCAACACAAUCAUCGGUGCUGGACUAUUAGCCAUACCAUAUGCCAUCAGAACAGACGGAGUGGUGUUGGGAGUCCUGAUAGUGAUCUUGUCAGGAAUAGCCUCCGGGCUGGGUCUUGUUCUUCAGGUGCUUAGCUCGAAGUUUUUGCCCAGAGGAGGAUCGAACUUCUUCACAGUAUGCUCCAUUACUUAUCCUCAACUUUCCGUGGUUUUUGACAUUGCAAUUGCCAUUCAAUGCUUUGGGGUGGGGUUGUCAUACAUAGUACUUACAGGAGACCUGAUGCCCUCCAUAGUUGAGAUCGAUAGUUUCACACACGGUCAGGCCCGGGUAUUUUGGAUAUUACUAAGUUUGGUUAUCGUUCUUCCAUUGUGUUAUUUGAGAAGACUUGACUCUCUCAAAUAUGCUUCAGUGGUGGCUCUAGUUGCGAUUGGCUACAUCGUGUUUAUCGUGUAUCUGUACUUCUUCAUUGGUUUGCCGUCUGGGUUUCAAAAUGUUCCUAACCGAGGAAAUAUCAGCUUAUGGCGUCCAGAAGGGUUUAAGGCUAUUUUUUCAACCUUUUCCAUCAUUGUUUUUGCCUUUACUGGUCACCAAAACAUGUACUCCAUCAUCAACGAGUUGGAGUCCCCCACGCUAUACAGGCUCCACAAAAUCAUCAUCGCCUCUAUUUCUGUUGCCAUGGCUUUGUUCGUGAGUGUGGGGCUGAUGGGUUAUUUCCCCUUUGGAGAUGCCAUUACUGGCAACAUUAUUUUGAUGUACGAGAACACCCGAGCCGUCUGGUUUGCCAAACUGCUUCUGGUGCUCAUGGUGUUGAUCUCCUUCCCCCUCAUGUUCCAUCCGUGCAGAAUUUCCAUUAACAACAUUGCUUAUUGGGUUGAGACAAAAUGGAAAACUGCCUCGGACGAAGCGGUUCCCCUGUUGCCCGGGACUGCAACUAACCCACUUGGAGAAAAAAGGUUCUUGAUCCUGACCACAGCCAUACUCAUUGCAUCCUACGUGAUUGCGAUAUCCUUGAAAUCUUUCGAGCUGAUCCUGUCACUUGUGGGAGCAACCGGUUCUACGGCCAUUUCGUUUAUUUUACCGGGUCUUUUUGGUUACAAGCUUAUCAACUCCACAGAUCCUGUUCUGGUGAAGGCCCUCGAGGACAAUUACCCAGAGUAUGACGCACGCAUAUUCAAGAGCUCUAAGCUUAGAACCCUCAGUCUAGUGUUGACUGUAUGGGGAAUUAUUUCGAUGUUUAUAUGCCUUUAUGCCAGUCUGUUCAUCUGA